AGUGACGACACCAUUACGGGUACAGCUGCGAGCUGCGAGCUGCGAGCUGAGCAGUGCAGUGACCAGGCAGGCAGGCAGGCAGCCGACCCUAUUCAUCCCCCGCUCUCUCUCUCUCUCUCUCUUCUCUGAUUGAAAAGUGAGCGAGUGAAGUGAAGAAGUUUCCUUUCUUCCCCGGUAGCUCUCUCUUGAUCUGAUCCCUCCUCCUUCCUCUCCAAUUCUCCGAUCCACUCCAUAGUCCAGCGUCAGAAAUUAAGGAAGAUAAAUUAAGCAGCGCGCAGCAAGCAUGAACAAGCCGCCGGCGUACGGCCAUGGCCAGAGCGACAGCCCCUACUGCUGCUUCCACCCGAGGGAGCUCGUCGUCGGCGUCUGCGCCCACUGCCUCAAGGACCGCCUCCUCCUCCUCCUCGCCACCACCACCAACAACGCCGCCGCCGACGGCACCCUCCGCCGCCGCAGGACUAGCAUCAGCACCAGCAGCAACAGCAUCUCCCUCCCCAAGGUCUUGUCCUUCCUCCAGCGCCUCGACUCCCGGCACCACCGCCGCCCCGACGCUGCAGCCGACGACUCCGACGGCACCACCUCCGCCGCAAGCCCCGAUGAUUCUUUCAUCUCCAUCAAGUUCGAGGACAGCGGCAAGGCGACGUGGGACAGCCACAAGCAGGCCGGCAAUCCCCCGGCGCCGGUGAGGUCGUCGUCGUCGACCGCGGUGGUGGUGGAGCACGUCGUCGUCAAUAACAAGCGGGGCGGCGUCACCAUGACCAGGUGGCGCAAGCAGGUGGUGGGGCGGUUGCUGCAGCUGGCGCGCUGGAAGAGGUCGGCGGUAGGGCUGGACGGCAAGAAGCAGGCGGCGGGGGAGCGGUCGUCCAAGGUCAGGGGCGGCAGAAGCUGGAUCCGGAGCCUCACGCGGAGGCCACCCGCCGGCGACAGGGCGCGGUCAUGAUCGCUCAUCGCUAGGUCUGACCGACGAGCUAGAUGUCUUCUCAUCUGCAAGCAAGCGCGCGGCUUUACAAGUGACUGCUUAAUUUGCCUGUUACGUAUACAAGCGAGUGUAGAAAAGAUUUUUCCUCUAUAUACCAGAGAGAGAAAGAGGGGUGACGACGACACAUGUGGAUGUGGAGCAGAUAUAAUCAUACACUGCAUGCAUGCAUGCAUGCAUGCAUGUUUAUACGUGGAGUAGUAAACAAUGCAAGGAAAUUAAAAAGAAGAACUACUUAGCUCUCGAGGAUCCGAAUUCGCUACUAGCAGUAGCAGCUUGUUGUUCAUGAGAUCUUGUCUGCUCUAGGCUGUGUUUAGUUUGCGAAAAAGUUUGGGUUUUAAAAAGAUUCAUCUCGUGCUAAUCAGGUAGACUGUGUAAUUAGUUAUUUUUUCAAUUGUAUUUAAUGUUCCAUGUAUAUCUCCAAAAAUUCGAUGUGACGGGCAUUGUAGGAAAUUUUUUGGGAAC